GGAGAUCACUCACCGGAAAAUCUUCCACCUCCGAUCACCGGCGUCUUUUCUCAUACACAGUGAUUCUUUCUCCCUCUCUGUAUAUAUGUAUGUUGCUGUAUCUAUUUCAUAACAAUAAAAUAUUAACUGUUUUAGUGAGAGUUAGGGUUUAAAAGGUUCUAGAAUAGUCCUGAGCUUACUCUGUGAAAAGCUAUAAACAAAACUAAUCUGAAAGUUUUAUCAGAUCAAAUUUGAUCAAUACCUCUUCAUUUACACACACAUAUUCAUAAAAAAACAUGCCGGCGGCAAGGAGGAGGAAGGGCCACGGCGGUGAUUCGAAGAAAGCAACAACUUCCGAGCAGCAACCUGCUCCUAGAUUGGACCGGAAAGUCGAAGAGCAGAAGAGAGAAAAAGAGAGAAAAACGAAGGAUUUGAAUAAUAAAAAUAUCAACAAUUUGAAGAAAGAGAGGAGUAAACGGACAUGUAUAGAUGGUUGUUGCUGGUUGAUCGGGUUUAUAUGUUCGACUUGGUGGUUUUUGUUGUUUUUAUACAAUGCGAUGCCGGCAUCGUUCCCGCAGUACGUGACGGAGGCGAUAACGGGUCCAAUGCCCGACCCGCCGGGUGUAAAGAUGCAUAAAGAAGGGUUAAAGGUGAAGCAUCCGGUUAUUUUUGUACCCGGAAUAGUGACCGGCGGGCUUGAAUUGUGGGAAGGCCACCCCUGUAUGGAUGGUUUGUUUAGGAAGCGGCUGUGGGGUGGUACUUUCGGUGAAAUAUAUAAAAGGCCCUUGUGCUGGAUUGAGCAUAUGUCACUGGAUAAUGAAACUGGACUGGAUCCUCCUGGUGUAAGAGUCAGGCCUGUAUCUGGGCUUGUGGCAGCUGAUUACUUUGCUGCAGGCUAUUUUGUAUGGGCAGUUUUGAUUGCCAAUUUGGCUCGCAUCGGAUAUGAGGAGAAAAACAUGUAUAUGGCUGCUUAUGAUUGGAGGCUCUCAUUUCAAAAUACCGAGGUACGAGAUCAAACUCUAAGCCGGAUGAAAAGCAAUAUAGAACUCAUGGUGGCCACAAGCGGUGAAAAGGUGGUUGUAAUUCCACAUUCUAUGGGUGUUCUGUACUUCUUGCAUUUUAUGAAAUGGGUCGAAGCACCAGCUCCAAUGGGCGGUGGAGGUGGAUCAGAUUGGUGCGCUAAGCAUAUAAAAGCUGUGAUGAAUAUAGGCGGUCCGUUUUUGGGACUUCCAAAAAUAGUUGCAGGCCUUUUUUCUGCUGAAGCAAAGGAUAUUGCUGUAGCAAGGGCUGUUGCACCCGGUGUUCUGGAUUUGGAUAUAUUUGGUUUCCAAACUUUACAACAUGCAAUGAGGAUGACUCGUACCUGGGAUUCAACAAUGUCAUUGAUACCAAAAGGUGGGGACGCCAUCUGGGGUACUCUUGAUUGGUCCCCUGAAGCUGACCAUGAAUGUGUUGCUAAGAAAGUGAAGAAGAAUGAGACUCAAGCAGUAGGUGAAAAUGGAGCUGUUUUUGAUGGUUUAAAAUCUCAUAAUUAUGGAAGAAUCAUAUCUUUCGGAAAGGAUGUUGCUGAAUUGCAUUCAUCAAAAGUUGAGAGGGUGGACUUUAGGGGUGCUGUGAAGGGUAAUAACUUUGCAAACAGAUCUUGUCGAGAUGUAUGGAACGAGUACCAUGAAAUGGGGAUUGCGGAUAUGAAAGCCGUUGCAGAUUACAAGGCUUUCACCAUUGAAUCUGUUUUGGAACUUUUGGAAUUCGUGGCUCCAAGGAUGAUGAAGCGCGGCAGUGCUCAUUACUCUUAUGGAAUAGCCGAUAAUUUAGAGGAUCCUAAGUAUGAACACUAUAAGUACUGGUCAAAUCCCUUAGAAACCAGAUUACCAAAUGCUCCAGAAAUGGAGAUAUUUUCCAUGUAUGGAGUCGGUCUGCCCACCGAAAGAUCAUAUAUUUAUAAGUUUAGUCCAACGGCCGAAUGCCAUAUUCCUUUUCAGAUCGAUACCUCAGCCGAGGGUGGAAAUGAUGAAGAUUGUUUGAGAGCCGGGGUUUAUUCUGUUGACGGAGACGAAACCGUUCCUGUUCUAAGUGCAGGUUUCAUGUGUGCAAAAGGUUGGCGGGGGAAAACGCGAUUUAAUCCAUCGGGGAUUAAAACGUAUAUCAGAGAGUACGAUCAUGCCCCUCCAGCAACUCUGUUGGAGGGAAGAGGAACACAAAGUGGAAAUCAUGUUGAUAUAAUGGGAAAUUUUGCUUUAAUAGAAGAUAUUAUACGAGUAGCAGCCGGAGCUACAGGAAAUGAUCUGGGAGGAGACCAAGUUUACUCCGAUGUUUUCAAAUGGUCAGAAAGGAUCAAGUUACGACUAUAGAUACAAUUGAUCGAGUAGAUUGCAAACAAUGAAUGAGCGGCUCAUGUGAUAGCUAAUACACGAGAGCCGAUAUACCGAAUGAAAAGAAGGCGGGAGUUUGAUGAUGACAACAAUGAUAUAUGAUGGUGGCGAUCGAUGGUGAAACAAGGGUAUCAAAUCGAUUUCGAGGAUAUUGUGAAAUUCCCAAAUUCUCAUACAAACAUGAUUAUGAUCUUCAAGAAAUAAGAUGAAGAGAGAGUAGAUCACCAAAAAUCUCGUGAUUG